AUCCGAUUCGACGACGACGUAAGCUCGAGUUGCCGGUGUGCGCAAUCCCCCCUCGAUUCUGUCACACCACGUAUCACACACCACGUCCCUGUUAUCAGCAACAGGAGAAUUCUAAUUUCGACGUCUUCAAUCCAAUGCGAAGAUAUUGAGCUUGCAAUAAGUCGCCAUGGAUAUCGAAGAGUUUCGCGCCCGUGGUAAAGAGAUGGUGGACUACAUCUGCGAGUUCAUGAGCAACAUUCAUGCUAGGAGAGUCACGCCGGACGUUGGUCCCGGCUAUCUCAGGCCUCUACUGCCGUUGGAGCCGCCGAAUGAUCCGGAAUCGUGGGAUAAGAUCAUGAGGGAUGUGGAAUCGAAGAUCAUGCCGGGCAUCACGCAUUGGCAGCACCCGAGGUUCCACGCGUAUUUUCCAGCGGGAAAUUCCUUUCCCUCUAUUCUCGGUGAUAUGUUAUCCGACGCGAUAGGCUGCAUUGGAUUCUCUUGGGCGGCCAGUCCAGCCUGCACGGAGCUGGAGACGAUAGUCUGCGAUUGGUUUGGCAAGGCGAUUGGGCUGCCAACGGAUUUUCUGUACUUCAGCGAAGGCAGUAGAGGCGGGGGCGUUAUACAGGGCUCGGCAUCGGAAUGCAUUCUCGUGUGCAUGCUGGCCGCACGAGCGCAAGCGAUUGCGAGACUGAAGGAAUCUCCCGCACAUGCACACUUGGACGAGACCGCGCUGCUUGGCAAGUUAAUGGCAUAUUGCAGCCGGGAAAGUCAUAGUUCCGUCGAGAAGGACGCUAUGAUAUGCUUCGUGAAGCUGCGUAUCCUUGAGCCGGAUGAGAAGAGCGUACUUCGCGGGGAGACCUUGCGUCAGGCGAUCGAGAGUGAUACAGCUGAGGGCUACGUUCCCUUUUUCGUUUCGACGACCCUCGGCACGACCGCGUGUUGUUCGUUCGAUAAUCUUAGAGAAAUCGGUCCGGUUUGUAAAAAGUACCCAGGGAUCUGGCUUCACGUGGACGCCGCUUACGCCGGGAACGCUUUCAUCUGUCCAGAAUUGAAGUACCUGAUGGCCGGCGUCGAACACGCCGACUCCUUCAACACCAACACCAACAAAUUUUUGCUGACGAAUUUCGAUUGCUCCUGUCUCUGGGUUCGCGACAGAUUUAAGCUCACCAGCGCGCUCGUCGUGGACCCACUGUACCUCCAGCACACACACGCGGACACGGCUAUUGAUUAUCGGCAUUGGAGUAUAGCUUUGAGCAGACGAUUCCGUUCGUUAAAAUUAUGGUUCGUAAUGAGGAGCUACGGAAUAUCCGGACUACAGGCGUAUAUCCGAAGUCACGUCAAGCUCGCUAAAAGAUUCGAGGCACUCGUUAGAAAGGAUUCCAGAUUCGAAGUGUGCAACGACGUAGUGCUAGGGUUAGUGUGCUUCCGCGCCAAAGGCAGCGAUCAAUUGAAUCAGAAAUUAUUGAGCACUAUUAACGACUCGGGAAAGAUACAUAUGAUCCCGGCGCGAGUUAAUCAACGCUACACGAUACGUUUCGCACUCGCUGCUCCUAAUGCAACUGCCAGAGAUGUUGACCUAGCGUGGAGCAUUAUAACGGACUACCUAGCCGAAUUACUGGAAUUCAAUGACGUAAUGGCGGAUAUUCGCGAGAAGAAGAGGAAGGCCACUCUGGAGCAAAGGAGGUCCUUCUUCGUGCGUAUGGUGUCUGAUCCUGCUAUUCAGCCAGGAUUCACAAAGACUCCAAACAGGACAGAAGCCAAGCUCGACACGCAGGCGACAAUCGGCGGUAUCGGAUCGAAUCCUCAAUCCGGAACGAAAUCCUGGAUCUCCUGGCCACUCGCGUACCUGAUGCAAGCGAAGGAGGCUGCUGAUACGAGCGAAUUAUCACUCAGGUUUCGUCAUUUGGACACCAUGGUACGUUUAAAGGCCGGCGGUACCGGAAGUCGCCGUGGUAGCAGCAACGGAUGCAGCCCGGAUCCGUCCCCGUCCGCUUCGCCGUCGCGCGGCAGAUCGCCCAACGGCCGGGCGUAAUUGCGUUAUUCGUAUAUUGAUUAUUUCUUUCUUUCGCGCAGUUCUCAUAAAAAAUCCUCUGAGCGCGUAUCCAAUGCGGCGGAUAAAUCUUCGUUCUCCAGUUGUGCUCCAAAAAGGCAGACGAAGAGGAAAUCCGUUAGUUACCACUUCACAUUGGGGAUUCAUACUGCCGACAAUCUUGACAUCCAGAACCCGCUUUAGACGAUCUGUCGCUCGAGCCAGAGAUGAUUCUUUAUACUUGUAUAUCUACCUACGAUUAUUAUUUGUGACAUUGUAAAUAUAAUUAUGCUGGAUUAAGUAUUAGUUAAACUAAUCCGGUAUUGUUAAUAAUUAUGAACAUACAAAUAAUUAUAAACUGUAAGAGAAUAUCAGUUAAUUUUUUACAUUAGCAUUGCAAUUUGUCCUGACUACUAAAAUAUCGCCGAUUAUUUAAUUAUGAUAAUUAUAUAAUUUAAUUCUGUACAUAAUUUUGAUUUAUUUUACGUACAGAGUCACCUAAUUUAACAACAAGCGUAAUCCCUGCUUGUUAAUUAGCAGGGUCUAUGUACUAAAUCUAGUCCUCUAUAUACUGGAUAUGCGUUAGAGAUGCGUUUAGAAGAUAUUUAUAGUAUUCUCUCUGCUCUAUAUCUGUUGCGAAUUACGGAUCGUCUAAAACGGGCUUAAAUGGAGAACAAAGUCUGCGCGGAAUUGCUCACCGAGGGAUAACCGACCGAUGAGAUGUCGCCGAAAUAUCGUCCCGUCGUGUGUGUGUUUAACUCGAGAUAAAAAGAUUAAAUACAUUUCAGUCUCAAGCUCAGCAUGUCGUUUUUUUCAAAAUCCUCGUACCAUACGACGUCAAAAUUCAGAAGACGAAUUCGUACAGCCAUGACAUUCUUCCAUCAUUUUUCAGAGAAAUUUCCGAGAUUUUCCGAGGAUUCCUUUUCAUGACAGGAAAAUAGGAAAGAAAAGAAAAAUGCUUUAAGAUUAAGAAUAAUGUAAAUCUGUAUGGCUUUAAAUUAAAUAGAUCAAGGCAUAGGAGAAUAUGUGUUAUAAUUAAUAUUAAAGAAAAUAAUUAUUGGAAGUGUAAAGAUAAUCCUGAUAAUAUUAAGAUAAUUCAGAAUCCGUUGCAUCGUUGCUUGUCUGAGGGUGACAACAGGUAGGUCAUAAGCGAACGAACUAUUAUAGCUAUGUAAAGAGAUGCGAGGGAUAGAAAGUUAUAUAUGUGUACGAUCAAAAAAGCUAAAGUUACGUAAACAUGCAAUCUGCCCUGCGAUCAAUUAUUUAUGUGUUCUUCUUGUCUGUUUAUAUAGUCUAUUGUACAACGUAUUAUUAGAUAAAUCAUAAAGCUUGUUUCUCGGACCCAAGAAUAAUUUAAUACAAAUGCAAAUACAGAACACGUCGCAAAUUGUUACUUUCGAUUGAAUUAUCCUUGUUAACGCUCCAAGAUCAAUUUUAUACCAUUUAUACCAAAGUAAUCUUUAGUGGUCUUUAUAAUAAUAAGAUGACUAAAUUUAUAAAAUUCAAUCUUACUUCAAUAAUAUUAAUCUGAAGCUUUUCAUCUUAAUUGAAAGAAGAAAAGCCCGAUAUGUUUUUGGAAACCGCUUAUAAAACUAGCUUAUUAUCAACCUCUUUUGUUGGAAAAAAAGGGAUUCCAAAAGAAAGCAAGAUAUGAGUUUCUGCAGGCAAAUCUGCAGAAUCUCUCCGCUGUGUAUUCUCCAGUUUAGGACUUGCUAAUUUCGUCAGGAUCGUUGUAAUGUGAGGGACACGCGCAAAAAGCACGGCUGCCGAUCACAGCGCGGACUCGAUUUUAAUUACUUCUCACGCGUUCGUGAACACCGAAGCUCUACCGGGAUCAUACAAGGGGGACGGGGAUCCAAUUCAAAAAACGGUGGACGCGAGUAGACCAUGCGUGAAGGUGGCGGCGAGAGAACGAGUAGUGAUCGGCUCGUGUGUGUGUGUAUGUGUGUGUACAUAUGUGUGUUACGAAGAUUGAGCGGUGACCUGUCACCGCUUCCACGGGGUGUGUUGUAAAUGUAGGUGAAGAGUAAAUGUCUAUUUAUAAAACGGUGGGGCACGGGAGGCGCGAAGAGGACAGAGGGUUCUUGGUGGGGAAAGAUCUACCCCCGUACGCGAGGAGGGUUAUAUGGGGCGCUUAUUCAAAUGGGGAUCCUACAGCCUACAGCAACACCACCCAGCCAUUGAUGCUGGUUUACAGGCACCGGCUUUCGAAUUUUUGCAUUGUAUCCGCAUGGUCGAUUGUCAGGAAACGUCAUGUUAGGGAAAAGAAUCGAUCCUGCGUGGAGUACAAUGGAAGGAAACGCAGCACGAACAUCGGCGAACAAGGUCGUUUCGAUUCCGAUAAUCCUAGUCGGUAGUAAAAAUACGUAUGGAAUCCAUUACAAAUGCGUGAGAUUUGUGCGAAAAGCGAGCUGGCUCCUUUCUUCUUGUACGAACGAUUAAACUGCGAAUUUAAUUGAUAGUAGAAAUACGCGAAUGGGAAAUUUAAUUGUUUUCGUAGCGAUGAAAUGAUGCUCUUGGAGAGAGCUUUGUUCAAGAAGCAUCCUUGUGUACAAUGAUACCAUAUAUGUGUCGAUAAUAUAUCAUUAAUAAAGACUUUCCUUUCACUUGA